AGUCCGGCUCCUGCGGAACGUGCACGCUCUCGGUUUUGCUUCCCGCCGGAGGCUUUUGCGGAACUCCCCGGGUCCCCGGAGGGGGAGGGGGGCCAGUGGCGGCAGCUGGGGCUGCAGAAGCAGCCCGGGGGUCCGGAAGUCAACAUCAUGUCGAGUCUGCACAAGAGCCGGAUUGCCGAUUUCCAGGAUGUCCUGAAGGAGCCUUCCAUUGUGCUGGAGAAGCUUCGAGAACUCAGCUUUAGUGGCAUUCCCUGUGAGGGCGGACUGCGGUGCCUCUGCUGGAAGAUCCUCCUGAACUACCUCCCUUUGGAGAGAGCCUCAUGGACUUCCAUCCUGGCCAAGCAGAGAGGGCUCUAUUCUCAGUUCCUGAGGGAAAUGAUCAUCCAGCCUGGCAUCGCCAAGGCCAACAUGGGUGUAUCCAGGGAGGACGUGACUUUUGAAGAUCAUCCCCUCAACCCGAACCCUGAUAGCAGGUGGAACACGUAUUUUAAGGACAACGAGGUGCUACUGCAGAUUGACAAAGAUGUCCGGAGGCUGUGCCCAGAUAUAUCCUUCUUCCAGAGAGCCACCGAAUACCCCUGCCUCCUCAUCCUGGACCCGCAGAAUGAGUUCGAGACCCUUCGGAAACGGGUGGAGCAGACAACACUGAAAUCUCAGACAGUGGCCCGGAACCGGAGCGGGGUCACAAAUCAAGAGCAGAAUAUCAAGCCCCAGUUCUUUGCCUUCCGCUGGCUGACACUCCUGCUGUCGCAGGAGUUCUUGCUGCCUGAUGUCAUCCGGAUCUGGGACUCACUCUUUGCCGAUGACAACCGCUUUGACUUCCUCCUCCUGGUCUGCUGUGCCAUGCUCAUACUGAUCCGGGAGCAGUUGCUGGAAGGGGAUUUCACCGUCAACAUGCGGCUUCUGCAGGAUUACCCCAGCACAGACGUCUGCCAGAUCCUACAGAAAGCCAAGGAGCUCCAAGACUCGAAGUAACCUGGUGGCAAGAGGCCCAGGGUUGGAAGAGCAGCCACCUGCACAUCUGGUUUGUGGGACACAGAGGAGUCAGUGGGAAAGCAGUGAGGACAAGCCACAGACCUGGCCAGCUCCAGGCUACUCCUGAGCACACCGUGCUGUGCUCCUUCCCAGUGCUUGGCCCUGCUGCCCUCCCUGCACUUGAGUCCUGAGGCCUCCACCCAGACUGCUGAGCAGCGCGGGAGCUCCCGAACUGGGUUCCUGGGACUGAGGCCAUUUGAGGCACAGGAGGCUGGCAAGGGUUCUGCCAUGCCUCUGCCCAGUAGCUCCUUACCCUUUGUGCUCUCAUCUUCCCCUGGGUCCUGGUCAGGGGAGGAAAUUGGCUAAUGGGCCAGAAACCAUUUCUGAGCAUUGGUGCUCAAGCUACUUGGGGAAGGCACCCCAGAAUUGCUGAGAGACUGCCAGUUCUAGGUUCACCUUUUGUCUCCCCUGUCCGGUGCAUUUGCUCAUGGUCGGGGUGUCCCCCAGGUGUCUCUGCUCCAGUGUGUGUAUGUACACGUGUGUUCACACAUGCCCUGGAAGCGGAGUGGGCAUGUUGGAAUCCCUCUGAGGUCCUGCUUCCUCUCUUCUGUGUCUCAACCUCUGCUGUCUCCCUCUUCCUCUGCCAGAGGUGUGUGUGGCUCCUGCCGUUCCUUCCUCUUCAUGUCUCUACCCUUCACCUGGAGCACCUUACCCCAAACCUCUUCCUCUCUCCUCUCUGCUUCCUGAAGCCAGCAGUCAGAAUGAGGAGUGUGGCUUAGUAAGACCCCUGUAGGCCAUCCUUGGCUUAGGCACCCUGUUCCCAUCCCCAACCCAAGGUUCAAGGUCCCCUCACCAGAGAGGGAAUCACAGUGGCUCUUCAGGGGGCCUGCUUGGCUUGAGGAAGCCAAGUGCUGCUGACAUGGUGGCCUGCGACACUCGGGGCCUCUUGCCCGUUGUUUGCCCAACUGUGGAGAAAGGAGGGAGGAGGAGUCUUGUAAGGGCCUCCCUGGAGACUCAUCAUCUCAGAGACCAAGGACGUCCCGCUGGGCUGAGCCUGGGAGCUGGAACCUGAGCAUCUCAGCAGAGCUGGCAUCCCUAGGCUUCCAUGUUCCUGCCCAGGGUGUGUAAGUCUCAUCAAGGGCAAGGGACCAAAGGAUGCCUCUCUGUGGCCAGCAUUGGCUAAACUCGAAGGCCUGGAGCUUCUCAGUGCCAGGAGAGCUACGUCUGUAGCUGUGCUACUGCAGGGGCUGCAGAGGGUGCUUGGGCUGUCUCCUGGCUUUGGGGACACAGUGCCUGAGCUGCACCCUGUUCAGCAAGUAGACUUUUCCUAACCUUGACCCUCCCUCCUUUUCUGUGGAGGCCAGGUGGUUUGAGUCCUGAAGGCAGGCUGACAGCAGGGGAGGGGGUCCUCACCCUCUCAGACUGGCCAGCAGGAACUAGGCUCCAGCAGCUGCUACCCGAAGCCUCUGAGACCAGUUGCAGGGCUCCCUGCCUUCCCAAGCCGCUGCUCUAGUAAACUUCCUUGGGUGCUGCUGGACUCUGUCUGCCUUUUUGCUACCAUCUCCCCCAACAUACAAUAUUUGGGUGAUUUUUUUUUUUAACUAUUUAUUUAGACAUGGGCUAUUUAUUGCAGAUUGGCAAGUGAGUUGGGCUGUGCGCGGGUGGUAGUGACUGGGGUGACAGAAUUGGAGGCAUGGAUCGUCUUCAUUUCCCCAGGUUAACCCUGGCACCCUCUCCCAUUCCUGGCUCUACUAGAACUGAGUAUGGGGAGGCCCGAGCUGCUGCAUUUGCUGUACUCAGAGAUCCAGGGCAUACACUCCCACCAUCCUGGCCGCCCCUUAAUGUAGGGCUUGUCAGCGGUAGUUCAGCCCCAGCAUUGACCUCUUCAUUGCCUGGAAGCCAGCAGACACUGCCUGGGACACCUACUGCAUUCAUUCCCUCUUGCCAAUCCUCCCUCCCUUGCUCUCUCCCUCCCUCUCUUCUUGGGACCAUGCUACUGGAAUCACUGCAUCCGAUUUGUUUCUGUGGGAGACCUGCAUCCUGUGCCCACUCUUUGACCCUGGAGAUGAAGGCCAAGGGCAUGGAGGCUGUCUGGAUAGAGUGGCUCCCCAGUCGGGUGCUGCCUAAGAAAAGGACUUGCCUGUGAUGAUUCUUAAGGAAGAACCAGAGUCUGAAUUCAGCAGCUUCCACAUGGGGUGGCCCCAGGAGCUUGGCAGGUCACCCCGGGGGACCGGACAGCAGUGGCUUUUGUGUUCUCAUCCGUUCUCUGAGUCAGUGCUGUUGAUGAGUUGUCUUUAAUAAACCGUGUGAUCUUUAC